GUCUUCAAUGGCAAUGGAACCUAUCGCGGUGAACCAGGAAUGCCCAGUAUUGGUCAACUCGAAGUGCGGAAUCCGAGUUCGCCGCAGAGCAUGAUUGAUAAAAUGGCAUCGAACCACGAAUCUUGGAUUAAGCCUCAGGAGGAGGCCAAGGUUCUGGAGCGUGCUAUCCAAGAAUCCAAUGAUGGGCGCGUGGAACCGGACCCGAUCUUUACUCCAAUAGCUGAACAAUUGGGUUACCACACACAUGAAGACUGUCAUGAGACAAGUGUGCUCAAAGAGGAUUUACUCGAUAUAGAGCGGGCAAAUGAUCAGAUCAUGCCGUCAUACCAUGGAGCACGCCAUUCUAGGGCUUCAAUUCCGUUCACCGUUGAUACGCAAUUACAAGACGACGGAUAUCCAGAUGAUGAUGGAAUAUAUCUAGUUUUGCAGACGGUCAAUUCAAUUCGAUUUCCGGAGGGAUCAUCCACCGACAACGAGCUCUUUUUGACUGUCCACGAGCAAAUUGGCACUGGAAGCACGCAAAGGUCGGAAAUUUUGGAUCCAGUUUCCUAUAAGGUUGAUCAGAAUUCCGAUUUCACACAAGUGGAAGACCUGUCCUUCUCAAACUCGACAGAAGUCCAUUCGAAUCUAGGGUAUGGAUUCUCGUAUCCUUCAAAGCAGGGGCCCAAGGGAAAGGAUCCCCAUUGUUGUGAUCUACUUGAGCGUUCUUUGUACUCAGAACCUCAGGGAACCCCAUUCACUGCCUUGAAGACAUUGGACGAUGGCCAGGCAAGAGGAUCAUUCGCCUGUUCAUGGAACUCCGAUAAGAGAACCAAAGCCGCAGUCAGCCAACUUUCCGGUGUUCCAGUAACUAGUGAAAAACCUGGUACACGACCAGAAAUUGGUCCAUACAUGGGCCCUUCUCAAAUCAACCGAAGAUGUUCGACACAUAAACAAUUGAACUCUGCACCAGGAUCCUCUCCAUUGAUUUACGUUCCAACAACUGUCUCAGAUCUUAUGCGUAGGGACCUCGAAAUGCACUCAGUGGACCGCACAUCACCGGACAAUAACAAAUUUACCAAACCGAUUGGAAUCACCACGACCAAUGCGGCUAUACGCGACUGGAGCCUCCGAAAGUUCCCUGAGGUUCCAGCAUCGAAAGCACCUCACAGCUCCACCAAUUUCCAGACUUCAAUCAAGGCCCGAAUCGCCAUGUUCGAGCAGAAGCAUAGUCAAGAUAGUACCAAUUCUCAUGUAACAAGUGACAAAAUCACUGCAGUCAAGCUACCUACUAUUCUUACAAUUAUGAAUGUUGUCGAUGAUGAUGAUGACUUUCUUUAUGGGGCACCCACACAGGGAACUACGGCAACGACUGUGAUUUCUUCAAGUAACAAAGAAUCUAGGUCGAAAGAAAUAAUCAAUUCCCCUCCGAAAGACGAUGAAGACGAGAACGACGAGGAGGAAGAAGAUAUGGAUGAGGAAGACAGUGAAGACGUACGUAAACAACCAUUCACACCUAUUCAAACUGACGUGAGAGGCAGUCCCAAAAUCGGACAUUUCAAACUUAAACACACUCAGACCACGGCCGAGUGGACCACAAACGAGAAAUAUAAACUUCACAACUGGUACGACGCAUGUAGCCCGAGGGGAGCAUUCAUUUUGACCUUUAAUCCAGCGCAAACCGCUCCGAAUACCCUCACAACAGAAUACCAACCUUUGGAGCGCGAUUCUUCGACUAUAAAAAAGCCCACCCCGAAUCCUCCUAUCACUGAACCUACGCCAGUCGUUCACGCCCCUGUCACACAACCUGAGGUAGUAGCACAAAAGCCCAAUAUUCCAGAAGUCCCGGAGGUGGAUCCAUCGACACUUCCUGUCGCCAUUGCACCAGAUUCAGCACCAAACAUUGAUCUCAAUCGGGAGGGAUUAUUGGAUGGGCGUUCCGUAUAUGAGGUCGACAUUGCGGCUCUGGAGAACAAGGCUUGGAGGCGGCCAGGUGCCGAUUUGAGUGACUGGUUCAACUAUGGAUUCGAUGAAAUCUCAUGGGAAGCAUAUGCAGCAAGGCGCCGUGACCUUGGAGAAAUGGCCCCAAUACUGAAGGCCAAUGUUUUGACAUUCUCAGGCUUGUCAGAAGAACAAAUACAGAGUAUGCCAACUGACCUUCGCGGUAUGGCGAUGGUGGGUUCCCACCUAGCAUCGACAUCUAUGGGCGGCGGAGGUCCAAACAUGAUGCCAAAUGGGGUUCCGGGUAUGAAUCAGGAUAUGAUGAUGAAUAUGGGGAUGAUGGGAGGCAUGCAAGGGGGGAUGGUACCGGUCGGUACGGGUGACAUGAAUCAAGGAGGGCAGCAAAUGAUGGGCCAGGGGAUGAAUGAGGGAGAGGGUCCUCCCAAUGGCCCUGGAAUGAUGCAAGGGAUGGAAUAUACAGUCGGAGGGGUGGGAAUGGGAAUGGAAUAUGCACAGGAUCAAAAUAUCAUGCCUCCUAAUGUGGGACCAGGCUUUCCUAUGGACAAUCAAGCCGGUGGUCCCCCUAAUAGGGGUGCUUCGUUUCGGGGGCGAGUGCAACCAACCGCUCCAAGAGGCCGUGGAGUUCCUGCUUUUCGCGGACGAGGCAGAGGUCCACGGGCAGCAUCACCUCUUCCUCCCAAUGUCCCAACUGGGCCACGGAAUCAACAUCGCUACAAAGACAGGGACACGGGAGUCCCAACCUCAGAGCCACUGGAUUACGGAGGUGAUGGUGGUGCGAAGCCUUUAGAAAAGGGCCUUAGAGACGAGUUUGGUAGAGACAUUGAUCGAGGCUCAAAGGAUGACGAUCCAAGCAAGUCUACUCGAAAACGUCGUGGCUCGCCUCCAGAGGAUAUCGGAAGGUCUAAAAGACGCUAA